AUGGUAGGUCAGCCUCUGCGAGAGUCUUCAGCCAUUGAGGAUGAGAAGAAGUGCUUGAGUCGUGCUCGCUUAGAGACGGCAUCGCCGAGAGCUCAUGAGUUUGUUAUUUUGUCGGCUAUUACUGCCACGAGAACGACAGGAUAUCUGCAAACUGACUCAAACCGCUUCUCAUGGACUGAAAAUGCCGAGCUAGUGAUGAGCUUGUCGAGCUCUGACCCCAUCGCUGCCUUGGUCUAA